AUGCCGAACAUGUCAACUGGUAGUGCAUUUACAAUAGUUAUACUAGCAAACUAUGUGGUUAAUAAAUCAUCGAUAGAAUUUACCCCCAGGGAAUUGACAGUUUUGAACAAUGGACUAGGGUACGCGGUAUCAGCCACAACUAGAUUAGACGAAACCAUUGUAAACAUCGAAGCAGGAAUAAAAUGGCUUAGCAACGAGGCUAAAGAAGAGAUUCGAAGUGGGAUAUCAAAAAUUAGUUUAAAUACAGAAAAGAAAAAACUAAACGAGCAUCAGGACGAUCUUAAAAUGGUCCGCCAACUAAGAGAUAAGCCAGUAUAUUACCUGAAAGCGGACAAAGGUAACAAUGUCGUUAUAAUGGCGAAAACCGACUACGACGACGCAGUAUCAUUGAAACUCAGAAAUGGAAACUUUUUUGAACUGCGUAAGGAUCCGAUGCCCGAGUCCAUCAAACGCGUAGAUCGAGCCCUCAAAGAAGCCAGUACAUUAUUCAAAGAUAUCACUAAAUUAAGAAUGCCUAAUCCAUCGUUACCACGCAUCAGAUGCCAGCCUAAGAUACAUAAGGAAGGACACGAAAUGCGUGAGAUAAUCGCCGGAUCGAACUCACCAACCUUCAAAAUUGCGAAAUGGUUAGUCCACGAAUUUUUAGCUCUGGGAAACACAUUGAGCAAAUAUGCAAUAAGGAACACGGGUGAACUCACUAGCAAGCUACAAGAAGCAGGGCACAUAAACACAAACGAAAUGAUGGUAUCAUUCGAUGUUAAAUCCUUGUUCCCAAACACUGCGAUCAAACCAGCUAUUCACCAACUAGAAGUUUGGCUGAAUAAAUUGAACACCACAAUUGAUUGGAGGGCCAAAGUGAGACAAUACACUAAAUUGGCAUCACUAUGCAUGGGUGAAAAUUAUUUCACAUUUCGUGACAAAUUUUAUAAAACCACAGCGGGAGUCUCCAUGGGCAACCCAAUGUCACCGCUGGUGACGGCAAUGUUUAUGGCAUACGUGGAAACAAUCAUCGAAGAAAAGGGGAUAAUGCCGAGGAUUUGGUUCAGGUAUGUCGAUGAUAUAUUUGCCAUAGUUGAAAAGGACAGGGUAGACAACACGUUAACAGAAAUUAAUAGGAUACACCCGAAGAUCCAAUUCACAAUAGAAAAAGAAGAACAUGGAUCGUUACCAUUUUUGGACCUACGAGAAAUUAACAAUAGCGGAAAACUCGAAUUCGAGAUAUACAGGAAGCCAACGGCAACCCAAAGAACGACACCAGCAACUUCGGCUCAUACCGCAACACAAAAAACGGCUGCCUACAAUUCAAUGGUAGCUUUUAGCGACGAAUGCAGGCUGGAAGCUGUUACAGAAAAGCUGCAGUAUGUUCGCAGAAGACCAUCGGAGCGAUAUCAGGAAGACUGCGUCGUAAGAACUAUCAAACACCCUCCAGCAGCGAUGAUAUGGUCCCUUAUCUCAGCCGAUGGACCAGGACCGCUAUAUUUUGUAGAGGGAAUGGAUGCCUGCCAAUACCAGACGACAUUUUGUGCCCUCAUUUUAAUUACCUGCGAUGCUGCCGACAUUCAACAACCUUUAUGCAAGAUGGUGCACCUUGUCAUUGUGCUAAAUCUACAAUUAAUAUGUUGA